GUGAGGCGGCUGCGGCGGGACGCGUCGCGCGCGCGGGAAAGGUACGAGAGCAGAGUUCCCCCUCGCUGACCUUUUCGGAGCGGCGAGUCGGUGUUCUGUCAUUUCCGGGUUGCCAAAAGCCUUUCCGCGCCUUCCACGCUUGGGCUGGACUGCUGGCUGACUUUCUCUUCCAGCUGUUCCUUCGGCUUGGAAAGAACAGGGCUCUUUAUGACCGAACUGAAUGGACUAAAAAGAGAACUAAACAUUUCAGGCCUUUGGGUAUAAAAUGAGGAAAUCUGCCCCAUUUGAGGAAAACUUGUCUUAAUUCUUCAGCCCACAAAGAGUUGCAAAAAACUAUUCCAGGGCCUCUGUGAACUUUGAUAGCAAGGGAUUUAUGAUCUGUGGCAUCAAAACAAAGUAUUUGAAGUAGAUAAAUUUCAUACAAGAUUUGUGGACAAAGAUACAAGAUUCUCUUCUACAUCAAUAAGCCUGCAAUGUAAUAUAUAUUGAGAGGCCCUAGCAAGGAAAAAAGUUGUGAAGCAAUGGACAGAUCUGGGAAGCAACUUUCCAAAACUCUCUGUCAGGAAGACAAGGAAGUAAAUGGAACAACUGAAGGUGUCUCUUGCCCCCUUUCACGUCCUUCUCCCCUUCUCUGCUUGAAUGGUGGGGGAAACAUGCAGGUGGAAAUGCUAGAGAAAGCCCAGGAGCUCUUCCAGCUCUGUGACAAGGAGGAGAAGGGCUUCAUAACAAAAUUUGACAUGCAGCGGUUACAAAGUGAACUGCCAUUCACUACUGAACAGCUGGAGACUGUUUUUGACAGUCUGGAGCAAGACAAUAAUGGUUACCUCACCCCAGUAGAAUUCAGUGUAGGCCUAGGCAAGUUCAUAGGAAUUGAGCAGCACCAGAACUCUGAAAGUGCCAGACACGAGGAGAUCUUUGAGUCUAGCUGGUCAGAGGAAUUGGACCAGACAGAUGAGGGGGAGAAACAGUUUUGCUCUGUGCUGGAGCAGCUUGAAGCAUCCCAGGUCUUUGAAGAUCAGGGUGAGAUUCAAGAGCUUUGGAUUCGACUCCGAAAUGAACUGCCAGAAGUCCUGACCAGCUUUGAAGAGUUUGUUUUCCGUAUUUCCUCAUACAUCAAUGAUAUGCACCAUGAGAAGGAAUCCAUGGAGCUGUUAUUAAAACGGAGAGAGACAGACCAUGACCAGGAAAUCAGGUGUCUCUAUGAGGAAAUGGAGCAACAGAUUAAAGCUGAAAGGGAGCAGCUGCUCCACCAGGAGUCAGCAAGGCUUGAGAAAAGCAGCCUGCUUCAGAAAGAGUUGCAGAGCAAAGAGCAAGAAUUUGAGAAAACGCUCUACUGGCAGAAAAAGUUGGAACAUCAGUUACAAUGCCAGAACACUGAGCAGCUAGAAAUGCGAGUGCAAAAUGAGAGAUUACGAAUUCUGAGUGAAAAUCUCCUGGGUCAGCUGGAGAGGACCAAAUGGGAGCUGGAAGUAGCUCGAAGUCGCUUGCAGGAAUUGCAGAAAGCAGCCCAGGUAGAGCAGGAACAGAAAGACAGAGAUAUAUUUCAAGCCUCUAAGAAUAUGCAGAAAGAAAAACAAAGCCUCUUGCGUCAAUUGGAGCUCCUCAGGGAGAUGAACAAAAAGCUACGGGAUGAGAGAGACAUGGUUGAAACUAAGAAGACGGUCAGUCUGAAAAAGAAAAUUUUAAUCCCCAGCCACCUCUCCUUUGCCUGCUGUUGUUGCUGCCAUCACCUGGGGACAUUCCAUUUACCUGGGGGAUUCUAACAGAAACCCUGGGUUUAAUUGUUCCUUUGUAAGGAUGUUUCCUUUGUAAGGAAUGAGUCUAAAUGGAGCAAGGGCUGCAUUUUGCAAGCCAUUGCAAUAGAUCAGCAUAGCUUGUCCGUUCUUGACUAUAAACGAAAGACUCUCUAAACAGAUGUUCUUUGGACUGGAAAGCACAGAGGAUCUUUUGCACUUUUUGAGCUCUUUGCACUAAAGGUAAAAUGCAGAGGACACAUUAGCUGAAUCUAUGCAAAACUGAAUCUUCCUCACGGAGUUCAAAGAAUACAUAAUGGUCUGCUCCUUCCCUCUAUUGUCACUGUUCCUGACAGCUUGGGAAUUUGUACCCACCAGCCCCAUGCCUUACUCUAAUCCAGCAUUUCUCAACCUUAGCAACUUUAAGAUGGGUGGUGGACUUCAAUUCCCAGAAUACCCUGGCCAGCAUGGCUGGCCAGGGAAUUCUGGGAGUUGAAGUCUACUCAUCUUAAAAGUUGCCAAGGUUGAGACACACUGCUCUAGUCUAUAGCUAACAGCACUGUGUACCAGCUUUUUUGCCAUAUUUCAAGGUUUUCACAGUUGUGUAGUUCUGUAAAAAACUUUGCAUGUCCCUUUCUGCUACUUACCUAGGUCUGCUCCUGCAGUGGGACUUUUCUCCCCCCGGCAACUCCCCCCACCCUUUUCUAUGUAUGCAUGUGUAGACAUAUGCACACAGACAUGCACAUACACUUGUAUCUAUUUGUCUCAGGGGAAUGAGAUGUAUACAUUCAUGAAGUAUAUCCCAGUAGAUUCCGCUGUACAGGCAUAACCCAAAUGUGAGGUAGAAAUGAAACAUGAGCAUGAACUAAAGAAGACUCAUGUGAUUCCAGAGAAGGAUAUUCUUGCUUAUUCAUAAAUGAAAGCAUGAAUGAUCAAGAAGGAAAAAAAUAAAAGUGAUUAACAUCUCUGGUCAGCUCUGUUGGGCAAUCAUAAACAGUAGUUUGAGGUGUUUUUUUUUAAACUUGAUUUAUUGAAGCUGCUAAGUAAAAUUUUGUAUAGAGGAAGAAGGGGAUCUUUUCAGUGUGAUGUCUUGUUUUCUGCAUGUAGAUUAAUGUGUGUUAUUUGGCUGAAUAUUUAUUUAUCUCAGUGAUUGAUUGAUCUGUGGAAGUAUCUCCAGGUGAAUAAAUGAUGGGAAUACAUAUUACCACCCUCCUGUAUUGUAGAUAGUGCAAGGUGUCUCUUCUGUUUGGUAAUAUUUUCAUGUAAUUAUAGUUUCCCAGAGAAAUAACUAUUGACAUUGUUCCCAAAAUCCUGUGAUCUAUUAAACUGGAGCAUAUACAGAAACAAAGGAUUAAUAAAAUCAUGCAAAUAGAAAUUUUGGUAAAUGAAGCUAAAUAUGAAUAUUUAAAGAACAUUGUGAAGUCAUAUUUUGCACACUCUGCUUCUUUACAUAAUGAUCAAGUUGUAAAGGGUUCUGCUGGAAAGAUCCAGAGAGGAUGACAAUCAAUACCAAUUCCUGAAGGUACUUGGCAGUCAAAGUGUUCCUCAUUUCUUCCUCCUGGUCCUCCAUUGGGAGUCCAGAGGCUGUACUUUCAUUUUCUGUUGUUUAUUCCUGCUCUGUGUGUCCAAGUCACAUAAAAUAAAGACCUAUUUG